AUGUUCAAACCACCAGCAGCCCUGUCGGAAGGGCCACCGCUACCGACCAGGAUUAUCAGCUCGACGAUGCAGCAUGCAGAACCGCAUCUACCCUUCUUUGGACCCAAUGGGAGGGUCGCAGAACGGCCUUCAGAUGGCUCAGGACAGAUCUCCACCGCUCCGUCGAGUCUGAGGACGUGCGCGGGAAUGGGUUGCAAUGCCGUCUUCCCUGCCCAGUAUCCUCACCUUCGUGCUCAGCUUGGGACCCUGCGACAGGCGCGACCGACACCGAACGUUGGACCACCGCGACACAAUGGCCCGCAUUUGACGACUUCGAUCCCGCCACCCUCAUCGUAUAUGAGGCCUCCACCCAUUCCUGCCAGCGUCUCAGCCGCUGUAUCACCACCAGUUACGAUCAAGACCGAACCCGUCAACGUCCCGUUACCCCCGCCGAGCAUCGACGCUCUCCUCGCCGAUGCGCCCGCGGACGAGCCAACGAAAUCCACCGACAGCGAAGACGACCUGGGCGAAAUUGAUUUUUCCUACCCAGAGGCGUCGACGUCCCCAGCCGUUACAGAUAUGAAGCCUUUGGUGAUGACGAUCAUCGAAUCAACGCCGCGGAAGGAUCGGGCCAGCCCCAUCCACCCUUCUCGCCCUCCAACGACGCACAAGGGUAUCCACUCUCGCUCAGCUAGUGGAAUGGUACCUGUGGCCAACCACAAGCGGAGAAAGGUGUCGCACUCAGGGCCUGGAAUCCCUUCGCCCCUGUCGCAAGAGCUCGCAUAUCCCCACGCUCAAGAUUCUUCCACACCUCGUACAUGCUCGACUCCGGAAUGCGCCAAUCCAGUUGACAAUCCCAAUGCCGUCGGAACAGGGCGUUGUUCCAGUUGUAUCAUCAAGGACUGGAAGUCGAAGAAGGCGAGGGCGUUUGACCAGGCAAAUCGGAAGAAGGGUCGGUCGGUUAGUUGGGCGGAGAAUAUCGCUGAGGAGAGGGUGUUUGUGAAAGAGAGUGACGAAGAAGGUGAUAUCGAGAUGGUUGAUUCUGCGGAAGAAUCCCGGGAUGUCCGUACCCCGCCGUCACCGACAUCGCCCCAACCAUCACUCAAGCUGAGGAUUCCUAAACUCGAGACCGUAUCUCCCACGAAGCUCAAGAUCAAGCUCAAUCUCGCCAGCCUGAACCUUUCACCUGUGAAGUCUACCAUCACCGGCUGGGACAGCGACCUUAGCGAUCUCACUGAGCUGUCGUCAGAACCUGAAGGCUCAAGUGACGAAGUAGGUGUCGCUUCCGAUGCCGAUUCAUCGAGCUCGGAGGAGGACAUACCGCUUUCCUUGGUAUUGAAAGAGAAAGCAAAGCCUAAACCUACCCUGAAGAUCCGCAUCCCAUCACUAAAGGUUCAACCCGCCUCGACUUUGCCCACGCCCACACCAACGCCUCCACCUGCAUCCUCCGACUGUACGCCUACACCCAAGCCACUGCCAGCCCCUUCUGAAGCUCCGCAAUCGCCUAUGCCUGCAUCCUCGACAUCGCGUCUUGUUCCUGCUUCCAAGAUUGCAGCUCAAAUCCUCGCCGACGGAGGUAGAUGGUGCUCAAAUGCACCGAAAUGCAAGCAGGUCCUUCACCGAGAAUAUCAAUGGAAAACUUGCGUGCUGUGUCGUGCCAAGACGAGAGAGUACCAACGCAAGCGCCAGAAUCUGCAAGGGUCCCACAGGCACCUUGAAAUGGAGCUGGCGAUAUUCAAGGGACUGGCGGGUGGGUCGUCCACAGAAUCAUCGUCGAUCAGUGUUCCCUCCGAACCGACAUCCGGCUCUGGAACGAGGCCGACAUCUUCAACCAGUGCCUCGGCUCCUCUCCCUACCCCCACCUCUGCCUCGCCAAUGCCACGUCCCACCUCUCGCGAUGAUUUUGACCUUGCCGCCUAUGCCGAUGUUACCGGGCAGCAGCUCGUUCCUGGUGCUCGACUUUGCUCCGUUAAGCAAUGUGCUCAUAUCCUUCCGUCCAAGGAGGAAUACCCCCGGAGGAUGUGCUCCCGUUGUCGCAAGCGAAGCAAUGAUGCGCGGGUGAGGAGGGAGAAGCUAACGCCUGACCCCGCUGAGGCUGCUCGGGGACAACAGGAGUACAUGGCAUGUUUGCAGGCGAUCAACAAACGUAAUGACGGUCGGUGUCUGAGCAUUGACUGCGGGGUGUGCCUAGAUACUGGGCUACUAUUUGCGUACUGCCAACAGUGUCGGACGCGGGCUGUACGAGCAUUGAGGAGACAUAUGAAGAAGGAGGGCGUGAGCGUUGAGGAGAUCGAGUCGUUCAUGUCGCGUAUCGAUAUCUUGACCCAGAAAGCUCGGGUUGAUGGUGCUGGUAGCAAGACGUUUGGACUUGCUUCGCAAAUCUCGUCGAGGAUAUCGUCGUUAAAGCAGGGUUCUCCAAAGCCCAAGCCUCGCCCGCCUACCCCGUAUCCCGAGUACAAAGGACUGGACGCGCUCCUCGAAAAUUUCCGAAAACUGAGCAAAGAUUUCUUCGAAGCCCAGAUCGUACACUACGCUUGCAAGCUUCCCCAUUCGGGUUCCGCUGUCGAACGUGAACACCCACAGAAAAGCGGCACCGACGAUCAGCGAGAUGUCCAAGCCGCCGCAUCACCGGACAAGGCGGAAGUGAAGCAGGAAGAAGGAACACCUGCCGGAGCCAAGCCUGACAAUGACUCCGCGGACUUGUCAGCGACUCUCUUCUGUUUCGACGGCGAGUUCACCAAAGUCGCGAUGGACUUUGACAUCGUUUCUCGAAAGCAUGCUGUCGAUCAGAUGGUCAAUCGCAUCAAGAAGGAAAGCCAGCAGGCUGCUCAGCUGCUAUUUGGACCAAAGCGUUUCGUCUCUCUUUUCGACUACGGCAUGGUCACUCGAUUCGUUUGCGCUCGAGAAUGCAGGAUCGUCUGUCCGUCCCCGACACCUGGUGGACCGCCUGAGGAGCGGACCAAGUUGAUGCAGGGUGAACUCGAAGUUGCUGUCAUUGUUGAUCGUUCCCAUCCAUUCUUCCCUGGAGAACGUACUGUUGUCCGGAUGCGGUUGAUUGGGUGA